UAUCAUUUAUCACUGCCAUCCCAAUCCCAUCCCUCCGUCGUCAGGCGUCAGCUCUCCUCAGCCGCCACCGCGCCAGCCAUGCCGCCGCGCUAGCUUGGCUGGCUACCCACGCCCCCUCCACCCAGCGACUCCGCGUGCUCGUCCUACCCACCUUCCACCACCUCCCUUAUUUAAUCGCUCCUCGUUUCCCGCGUGUUGUUGCGUGAGCCGAGGCGAGUCGCGGCGCGGCCAUUCCAUCCCAUUCCCAUCCAUCCAUGGCGGAGGAGGAGGCGGCGGCGGCGAUGGGUCCCGGCGGCGACAAGCUCAUCCUGCGCGGCCUGCAGUUCCACGGCUUCCACGGCGUCAAGCAGGAGGAGCAGACGCUGGGCCAGAAGUUCGUCGUCGACAUCGACGCCUGGAUGGACCUCACCGCCGCCGGCGAGUCCGACAGCAUCGCCGACACCGUCAGCUACACCGACAUCUACGGGAUCGCUAAGGAUGUUGUCCAAGGCUCGCCGCACAACCUCUUGGAGUCGGUGGCUCACUCGAUCGCGGUGGCCACGCUGGUCAAGUUCCCUCAGAUCUCCGCCGUCCGUGUGAAGGUCGGCAAGCCUCAUGUCGCGGUGCAAGGCGUUCUGGACUAUCUGGGUGUGGAGAUAAUGAGGCGCAGAAAGAAAGCAUGAGACGAACAACAACCUGCUGCUGGUCUCACUACUGUAUCCAACACAAUUGCUGUUCCCAUCAUGUUUGAUGCACAUGAUUUGGCCGUGCAAACUAUGUGUUGGCAAAAGCUGAGAGGGAUGCUGUCGUGUGAAGUGAAACGGGAAUAAUGUCGCCUGCUUUUCAGGCUUUCAUACAUUCAUUUCCAGCUUAGCUCCAAUUGAUGUGUGUAUGCAUA